AUGGAGAAAUUGGCCCCCGCUGCAAAUGAGAUGCGGAGUACAACGCCCAGGUCCGCUGAUGAAUGGGCGAGGGGGGUUGUGACGUCAUACGCAGGGGUCGUCCACCAAUCGCGUCGCGUUUGGUUGAAGCCGGCGUAUGGGGGGUGGGGAGGGGAGGUGCAGGGUGCGCGCGAGGGGGGUGGCGGACAAUGGGAGAGAGGAACAACAACAUGGCUCCACAAUCUAGACUCCACACGCACGCGCACGCACGUACUGGGGGAGUUUGAGUGGUCCGGGGUUGGGUUCGGAUGGGAGAUUUUUUUGGCAUGGACUUUGGGUGCGCAGCGUGUUGUGGUGGGGUGCGAUGUUGUGUGUGUGUUUGUGUGUGUGUGUGGUUUGGUUGUGAAAAGUGUGGCGUCUCUCCACCAUCUUCACGCGGGCAUCCUCUUCAAGUCAGUGGGGGUAAUGGCUGCCCGUGCCACCAUGAGGCCGCUGCUCACGUCACCAACUCAAUUAUAA